AUGACAAAGCGAUCUUUUUCUCGUUAUGUUGAGCAAGAGCUGGGGAGGCUGCCACAUUUCAUGGUCUACGCUUUGCUCGAAUGGACGCUGAUCAUUCUGCUCUUCGUUGACGGGUUCCUUGCGUUUGCUGCCAAUGAAUUCGCCAAGUUCUUCGAGCUGCAAAUCCCCUGCUGGCUCUGCACCAGAAUCGAUCACAUUCUCGUACAUAGAGACCAAGAUUUCUAUUACAAUGACUCCAUUUGUGAGGCUCAUAGGAAAGAUGUUUCGUAUCUUGCUUAUUGCCACAACCACAAGAAACUGUCUGAUAUACGAAAAAUGUGCGAGGCGUGCCUGCUUUCGUUUGCUACGGAGAAAGAAUCUGACUGCGAUACGUACAAGUCCUUAGUUGGGAUCUUGCACAAGGAUCUUGAGUGCUUCGUCGAGGAUGAUCACCACCAAAUUCAGCUGAGUGUGCCUGCGGCAAGGACGUGGGAGGAGGGGGCGGGGCAGGUUGAGAAGAGCAACAGCAUUGUUUGCAUUUCGUGUUCGUGUUGUGGCGUGCCAUUGAAGAUGAGCUCCACUUCCAACUCCUACCCGAAGGGGAAAAAUGACAGCGUAUUAGCACAAGCUCCCGCGCCUUCUCCACGAGCACCCUUGAGAAGUGAUGAUCGCAGCUUGGACUUGCCCCACAUUCGGUACACUGAACUCAAACUCAUGUCGGACAAUGAGUCCGAGCUUCCAGAGGACGAGUACGAAUCACAACCACCGAAUCGUGUCUCUCAGUCAGUCAAGGAAGAUCCCAAGGCUGCAACGGUGCCUUUGUUGACAGAAGGUGAAGAUUUAGCUGAUGAUGCAAACAGGACUCCUCUUUUUGGUAAAGGAAACAGGUUUUUCGGAAUCCCACUUACAGAUUCAGCUACAAACAGUCCUAGGGUGGCAAUGAGGAUUUCAAGGAAAUCGCCACUUGAAAAAACCGGCGAGUAUGCCUUGGAAUCUGUCGAGGGAAGCACUUCAAAUGAGGCAGAGUGUGAUUCCAUUUUGCACCGGUUGAAGAGGCAGGUCCGGUUAGAUAGGAAGUCGCUGAUGGCAUUGUACAUGGAGCUAGACGAAGAAAGAAGCGCUUCGGCUGUGGCAGCGAACAAUGCAAUGGCUAUGAUCACCCGGCUACAAGCAGAGAAGGCUGCUGUUCAGAUGGAGGCCUUGCAGUAUCAAAGAAUGAUGGAGGAACAGGCGGAGUACGAUCAAGAAGCACUGGAAGCGACGUAUGAUCUGCUUGCCAAGAGAGAGGAGGAGCUCAGACUUGUAGAAGCUGAAGUAGAGGCGUAUAGAGAAAAAUACGGAUUGCUGAAGGAAUUCGCUUACGAAUCUGGUGAUGAGGUCAGAGGGAAAAAUGACUGCGGCAGUUCUCCAGGCGAGCCUAAUGGCGAAAACACACAAAAUGAUCAAUCAAAGGAGGAGAACUUAGAGGGAGCCCUUGCUGAAUCUUUGAAGCCUCUGAAAGGGGAGAAAACCUACCUCCUGGGUCGGAUGAAGAAACUCGAUAAGAAAACCAACUCCGCUAAGGGGUUCUACUCUUCGCAGGGCCCUGACGGUCUGAAUCAUACGGAUGAUGAGAUAGGAAAUGGAAGCAAAGCUGCUCUAACAAGGCAAUUGUCGUUGUUGUCUCAUCUUAGUGAAAGGGUGAAGGCCCUUGAAUCAGACACAGGAUUCCUAGAGCAUGCAGCUAAGACACUUGAGAAACAUAGCGAAGGAACAAAACUAUUGACAGAGAUAACACAAAACUUACAGAAGCUUCGGCAUCUCGUCAUGAUGCCCCCGGAGGAAAACAGUGGGUUGCCGUAAAUAUUUCGUCGUCCAAAUAGUCCCGAACUUCCGAUGGAUGCAAGGAUAUUGUUGGCCAUGCCAGAGAAGGUAGAAAAGGUGAGGCCAAAACUUCACAGCUGAGGAGCAAACCCCGCCGCGGACUACCAGGCGAGCCUCCGCAGACGGAUUGCUCGAAGUAUACUUAGUUUCUUGUCCACCAGAGACUCAGAGAGUUUUUCUCUUACACUAGAGUUGUUGCUUCAUGCAUGGAUCCCAAAGCAUAUGAAUUUUCUGUGCUCGUAUUCUCUUUCUAAAUAGAGUUUUUCUUUCCCCAUGGAGGUUUCCCCUCCGUAAAUCGAUUAUUUUUCUCUCA